GGAGCAGCUCCAUCAGUGCAUAAAUAAAUAACUUGUCAAUCUCUACAUGCCCUUUUAUUCUUCUGAAAUCCGAAAAGCAAACACAGGCUGGUUGGCAAGGAAAACAUGGAUGAACUUAGCAAGUGUGGAAGUGGCAUUCUGGAAGCUCUAAACACUAGGGUUUAUGGAAAUGCCACAAACACUUUAGUUCUCUCGCACGGUUUUGGUGUAGAUCAGACAGUUUGGCAGUUCAUCAUACCAGUCCUAGCAUGCUAUUUUAAAGUGGUUGUCUAUGAUUUGGUGUUCUCACCAAACGUCAGUCCCAAACUCUAUGACCCCAAGAGGUACUCCCACAACUUCAGUGCCUAUGCUGAAGAUUUGAUUUGCAUUCUUGAUCAGCUCCAUGUCAAGGAAACUGUCUUUAUUGGGCACUCCAUGUCUGCUAUGAUUGGAUGCAUAGCGGCCACAAAGAGGCCUCAACUCUUUCAACACCUCAUUCUGCUAAAUGGAUCACCCAGGUAUCUCGAUGCACAGCACUACGAAGGUGGUUUCAGGGAACAAGACCUAAACGCCAUUCUAACAAAUUUGCAACGCAAUUUUUCAGCCUGGGCUCAUGAUCUGGCCCCUAGUGCCAUUGGCGUGAACAAUAGUGAAGCUAUAGCUAAGUUUGAAGGCACGCUUGCAAAGAUGAAACCAGAAAUUGCACUUGAUGUUGCAAAAACUGUGUUUCUGGGCGACAAUAGACAUUUUCUGCAACAUGUACGCAUGCGCAGCACCAUCAUUCAGCCUGAGAAGGAUAUCUUUGUCCCGCUGUCAGUUCCACGUUACAUGAAGAAGAAACUGCACGCUCAGCUCAUAAUCCUUGGAAUCAGUGGACAUUUUCCUCAGCUCACUGCUUAUGCUCUGCUUUUACGUGUUAUCAAGAAUCUUCUCAUUUUGAACUCCAAUUAAACGAAGCAAAGUUGCAAUAAUUUGCACUACCAGAUGCAAAUAUGUAUCAUCCACAGGUGUUAUUAGCUUUCACUUAAGGAGGAGAAAGACAUGAUCAAUACAACUUUUUUCAAGUUCUCACUGUUAAUAAAAAUGCACCUCUAGUCUUUUCAAUAUGCUAGCAACUUCUGCUAUUUUAUGAA